AAUUUUGAAGACACAUGGCCCGGCAUAAAUAGUUAGCUGGUUGUUUUCUGUCAAAUGAUCAAAAUGACAAUCAAACGUCAUGAGAGAGUACGGACAGAAAUUCAGUCCAGUUUUAAGCUUACUGAAAAUCGCAUAGCUAAAUCACAAGCUCCGCUAGUUACAACAAAUAUCUGGAAAAUAAUUAAUUACAAACCAAAAGUUGCUAUUUGUAAUCCACCGAGAACCGAGAAAAAAUCAACGGAAACUCAAAAGGCGCCAAAUACAAUAUCUAAUCCAAAAAUGUCGGAGAAAAACUUCAAUGAAAAAUUAAACUCUACUGCAAAUUUGGACAAUAAGAUGGAAAUGGUUGCUAUUGCAAAGGCAAUGAAACGUAAAACUCAGAAUGUUCCAGUAAAUGCAAUUAAUAAACGGGCUAAACUGGAAAUAGGAUCCACUCAAAAGGGUCAAUUGAAGACUGCAAUUAAUAGGAAACAAAAAUCAUCUUAUGCCAUAAAAAAGUCAAAGAAAAUUGGUAAUAAAAACGUGACUGCUAAAAAGAAUACAAAUUCAAUAAAAAUAAAGUGCGAGAGCGCUGAAUCGUCGGACGAGGAGAAAGCAGAGUCUGAAUCGGAGUCUGAUGCUGAAUUGUUGGACGAGGAGGAAUCACAAUCUGAAUCGGAGGAGGAAUCAGAGUUGAUUGAUACUGAAUCGAUGGACAAGGAAGAAUCUGAAUCGAUGGGCAAGGAAGAAUCUGAAUCGGAGUCUGACGCUGAAUCGAUGGAAGAGGACGAAUCAGAGUCUAAAUGUGAUGAAUCCGAGUCUGAUGGGGAAUCGUUAUACAACGAGAUAUUAGAAUCCAAAUUGGAGUUUGAACGUAAAUCGAUGGACGAGGAGGAGUCCGAGUCUGAUGCUGAAUCGAUGGUCGAACAGAAAUCAGAAUCCAAAUCGGAGUCUGACGCUGAAUCGAUGGACGAGGAGGAAGCAACGUCUGAACUAGAUUCCGAUUCUGAUUAUUCAUGGGAUAGUGACAAGAAUUUCUUUUUGCAGCCAGGAAUAAUUAAAGCAAAGCUACUUAAACCAAUUAAAAUAGAUUUCGAUAUCAAUGUGAAGAAGGUCGAUGAGCCACUGUGUAUAACUGAAGCGCCGCUGGUUGACGUAGACCUUACUAAAGUUUCGGUGUUCGACGGAAUGAUGGGUAAAGCAGAGCCCGAAACUCAAAACGUUUCUGCGGAGACUGUUAAAGAUGAAGCUUUAAGCGAAUCUAAUGACGAGGCUGAAGGUGAGGAGCCGGUUGAAAUGAGUGAAAAUUCAGUAAAUAAUGAUGAAGAAGACAUAGACAUGCAGCUUCUGCCAAUGUAUGAAGGACGUAUAACAUCUCCAUGGCACAAUAUACCUGAAUUUACAGACGAUUGGUGUGUUUUUGAGAAUAGUUUCAAGACCAACAAUGUGCUGGCUGUGGUGAAACAGGACAUCGAGCUUUAUGGCACCGUUACACUGACCUUGCUGUCUGGACGCAUUAUAAUCAAUGGCUAUAAGCCGCGCCGCGAUGUUCCGUUGACCAUCUAUUCACCCAAAGGCUUUAACUGGGUGGCUAUUUCACCCAUGUCGAACAUGAAACCAAUCAAAUCAAAAUUGGAAUCAAAUUCGAGCUGGAAAGACCUGGAAGACAGCUUCACACGCGCUCAACUAGAUCAUGUUAAAGGAAGCUAUGAUGAGUAUCGCGAUGCAAUUGUGCUGAUGCAGCGUAACAGCGGGGCACAAAAUAUGCUCCACAUCAUUGGCAAACACAUGGUGGAGAAGGUUUUCCCUAUGGUGAAUACCUCCAAUCGUCCGUAUGCUUCCAGUGAGUAUAUCUUAAACUGCUUAAUCCAGAGCGCCGAUGCAAAGCAAACGCUGCGUGUGACCCACAAGUGGAUGAAGCUGAAGCUGCAGCCACGCAGUCGCUGGAUGGUGGCUGGGGGCAAAGGUGUGGGUAAAUCCACGUUGCUUCGCUUUUUGCUGAACAGGCAUUUGAGCCGCUUCGAACGCAUUCUAUUCAUUGACCUGGACAUUGGACAGCCCGAAUUUUUUUUGCCACAGACGAUUUCAUGCUUUGUCAUCGAUCGCCCGCUGCUGGGAGCUGGUUUCUUUUUCAAUAAACAGCCGGAACGAGCCUAUGCAGUGGGUCAUGUGAAUGUGGUGAUGUGCGCGGAGCAGUACAUCCGAGCGGUGCGAGAGUUGCUGUUUCAAUGCAAGGUGAACCCGAGCUAUGAUGAAAUGCCGUGGCUCAUCAAUACGAUGGGUUACAACAAAGGCUUCGGUCGGGAGCUAAUGGCUCUAUUGAUCGACUGUGUUCAGCCAACCGAUUUGAUACAAAUAUCCAGUCCUAAGGCCAUAAACAAUUUUGAGAUAACGCUCAAUCCCAAAUCCCUCGCCAAGGUGCGCCCCAUUAUUUAUACAGCUGAUGAGUUUAAGGUCAAUGCAAAAGCCUUCAGCUACAAAUUGCAUCAGUUAGAAAGCGUAUUGCCGCUGCUGGAGCCGGAGCAUCACUGGAGGAUGAGCCCCAAGGAUGUGCGCUACGCCAAUUUGUUGGCGCGUCUCAGCAGUGCGUUGAAUGGUAAUGCGAAGUACCUGACCGAUUGUCAGCCAGUUAGCGUGGAUCUGGAUGCAGUGAAGCUUGUGCAUCUCGUGUCCAAGGAUUACGUACGUGAGGAGCUUAUAGCUGGCAUGGAGGCCAAUCUGGUUUAUCUGUGCAAGGGUCGGCUGGAUGACGAUCCAAAAGAGUGUCUAGGCUUAGGUGUAGUGCGUGCCAUUGAUUAUGAGGAGAAGAAGCUGUAUCUAGUCCCAGCCAUGCCUAUGGAACGUCUCUCGCAGGUCAACUGUUUGGUAUUAGGCACCGACAUGUGCCUGCCGCAAGGAUUCUUCAAGGAUCAAGGUGCCGGCGUUGCCAACAAUGUGCCUUUCGUGUUCAUUAUAGAUGACAACAAGUCUUCUAAGAGUAUACAACAAAUCUACUUCCGUUCACCUGGUUUCAUACGCCAGCCGAAAAAACCGAAAACAAAUACCAAAAAUUAAUAUUUACAAAGAGAAUUUGAACAAAUUGUAAAAG